ACAAUGGCCAAGCCUUUCAUACUCUCCCUUUGCUUACUUCUCUUCACGAGCACCUGCUUAGCUCGGUCCUCUGAUUGGUCCGACCGAUUCAGUCAAUGCCAGCUUGACAGAAUCAACGCGUUGGAGCCUGACAAUCGCGUUGAGUCUGAAGCUGGCUUGAUUGAGACAUGGAGCCCCAGACAGAGCCCCGAGCUACAAUGCGCUGGGGUGUCUGUCGUCCGAUGCACCAUCCAACCCAAAGGACUCCACUUGCCAUCCUUCACUCCUUCUCCACAGCUGAUUAUGGUCAUCCAAGGGAGGGGUGCUUUAGGAAUUGCAAUUCCUGGGUGUCCUGAGACGUAUGAAGAGCCACAAUCACAAUCAAGACAAGGAAGAAGGGGAGGAAGCUCACGGCAGCAAAGAGACAGGCACCAGAAGAUUCGUCACUUCAGUCCCGGUGAUAUCAUUGCCAUUCCACCUGGAAUCCCUUACUGGACUUACAACUACGGCAAUGAACCUGCCAUUGCCAUCAGUCUCAUUGACACCUCCAACUUUGCAAACCAGCUUGAUCAAACCCCAAGAGUGUUUUAUCUUGCCGGAAAUCCAGCGAUAGAGCACCCAGAGACCCAGCAGAGCCAGAGGCAACCACGCCGUGAGUCCCCCGGUGGACGCAGGCAUGGCCAGCACCACCAGGAGUCUGAGCAGGAGGAGGAAGAAGGUGGCAGCAUCCUCAGCGGCUUCGGCGCAGAGUUUUUGCAACAAGUUUUCAACAUCGACCAUGACACCGCAAAGCAACUCCAAUCCCCAGAUGAUCAGAGGAGGCAAAUUGUGAAGGUGGAGGGCGAUGAUCUCAGCUUUAUUAGCCCCGAAAGUGCAGACGAAGACGAAGAUGAAGAAGAUGAAGAUGAAGAUCAAGAGCAACAUGGACGCCACUCACGUCCCUCCGGACGAAGAACUAGAAGACCCAGCAGGGAGGAGGACGAAGAUGAGGAUGAAGAUGAAGAAGAUGAACAGCAACAUGGACGCCGCUCACGUCACUCGGGACGAAGAACAAGAAGGCACAGCAGAGAGGAGGAGGAAGAUGAGGAUGAAGAUGAAGAAGAGAGACAAGGAGGUCGUGGACGUGGAGAAAGACAAAGACAUUUCGAGAGGGAAGAAGAAGAAGAGCGUGAAGAACGUGGACCACGAGGACGAGGAAAGCAUUGGCAGAGGGAAGAAGAAGAGGAAGAAGAAGAAUCACGCCGGACAAUUCCAUCUAGGAGAGAGAGCAGGGGAAGGGGAGAAUGCAGAACUCGCAAUGGUCUUGAGGAAAAUUUCUGCACCUUGAAGAUUCACGAGAACAUCAACCGCCCUUCACGCGCUGACCUCUACAAUCCACGCGCAGGUCGCAUCAGUGACAUCAACAGCCUCACCCUCCCAAUCCUCCGCUUUUUAGGUCUCAGUGCUGAAUACGUAAAUCUCUACCAGAAUGGAAUCUAUGGUCCACACUGGAACAUCAAUGCAAACAGCAUCAUUUACGUGGUGAGAGGCCGAGGAAGGGUUCGCAUAGUGAACUGCCAGGGGCAAGCAGUGUUCAAUGACGAGCUCAGGAAGGGACAAUUGCUGGUGGUGCCACAGAACUUCGUGGUGGCGCAACAAGCACAAGAUGAAGGAUUCGAGUAUGUGGUGUUCAAGACCAAUGCUAGAGCUGCCGUGAGCCAUGUCAAGCAGGUGUUCAGGGCCACCCCUGCUCAGGUUCUUGCCAAUGCCUUCGGCAUUCGCCAGCGUGAUGUUAGUGAUCUCAAGUUCAGCGGAAACUGGGGCCCUCUGAUCAACCCUGAUAAUACCCAAUCUCGAUCACGAGACAACGUCCUUGCUAAGGUUGCUUGA